GGGCUCGGGAAAUUCAAAGGUGAGCUAAGCGAGAGAGUUCAUGACGCAACUACCUAGUGUAGUCAACUAUUCCUUCGUCAUCCAUACAUAUUUCAAUCGGCCUCUGUGCCUCCAAAACCUUCGCAGCACACUCAUCAAUCCUCUCUCCAACCGAUUCAUACGAAACCAAGCGAACCACCAUCAAUUCCAACCUCACAAAUCGCAAACCAACCCAAUUACCCAUCAAUUGAACCUCUCAAACUGCAACCAUGCCGGCCCUCCUAGACACCUACAACUCCUCCAUCCUCGCCAUCCCCGCCUACUACGUCCUCUCCGUCCUCCCCCACUCCUACGCCAUCCACCUCGCAACCAACGGCAAGCUAGUCUCGUGGGACAACCGCAACCCGCGCUCCACCACGCUCAAAGCGAACCUCAAGCAGACCCUCGACGCCACGACGUACGCGCGCUACGAGCGCGCCGAAGCAUGCCACGCUAACGGCAUGGAGAACCUCCCGCUCUUUGCGUCAGCCGUCAUCCUGGGCAACAUGGCCGGGCUGAAGCGCGAUGGCAUCUACGGCCUGUCCGGCUUCGCAGGCUUGUUUCUGGCGAUCCGGGUUGCGUAUACCGUUGUGUAUUUGGGCACGACUACGAACGGCCCGACGGUGCUGAGGAGCACGCUGUGGGCUGCUGGCUCGACGCUGUGUGUGCGCGUCAUUCUGGAGGCUGCGAGGGCGCUGAGAAAUAUCACGUUGGUGGUGGCUUGAAGUGAUGCAGAGAGACCAAAAGGUCGUCUCUAGAUCUCCGGUUCAUUGCAGCGGCUGUCGAAGUGGAUGGGUUGAAGGAGGCCUUGCCGAUGGUGCCGAUGGUGCCGAUGGUGCCGAUGGUGCCGAUCGUUCGGCCUCUAUAUGAGUCUUUUCGACGGCGAGUGGAGAUGCCUUU